AUGGAGGAGAACCAGAACCCGGACUCACCCUCUGCUACCACCGAUAAACAGAAACAAAGAAGAAGAAAGAUACUCAAAACGCACUGCUGUCAGCGAUGUGACAAAGCCUUCACAACAUCCAGGUAUUUACAGAGUCACCAGAAAACUCAUACCGGAGAGAAGCCAUACAGCUGUGAGCAAUGUGGGAAAACUUUUACUCAAGCCAAUAGUCUAAAAAUCCACCAACACAUUCACACUGGAGAGAAGCCAUACAGCUGUGAGCAAUGUGGGAACACGUUUACUCAAGCCAAUAGUCUAAAAAUCCAUCAACGCAUUCACACUGGAGAGAAGCCAUACAGCUGUGAGCAAUGUGGGAAAACGUUCAGUGAAGGUGGUAAUCUAAAAAUCCACCAACGCAUUCACACUGGAGAGAAGCCAUACAGCUGUGAGCAAUGUGAGAAAACGUUUACUCAAGCCAAUAGUCUAAAAAUCCACCAACGCAUUCACACUGGAGAGAAGCCAUACAGCUGUGAGCAAUGUGGGAAAACUUUUACUCAAGCCAAUAGUCUAAAAAUCCACCAACACAUUCACACUGGAGAGAAGCCGUACAGCUGUGAGCAAUGUAGGAAAACUUUCAGUCUAGACAGUCAUCUAAAAAGCCACCAACGCAUUCACACUGGAGAGAAGCCGUACAGCUGUGAGCAAUGUGGGAAAACGUUCAGUCAAAACAGUCUUCUAAAAAGACACCAACGCAUUCACACUGGAGAGAAGCCGUACCGCUGUGAGCAAUGUAGGAAAACUUUCAGUCAAGACAGUCAUCUAAAAAGCCACCAACGCAUUCACACUGGAGAGAAGCCGUACAGCUGUGAGCAAUGUGGGAAAACUUUCAGUCAAAACAGUCUUCUAAAAAGACACCAACGCAUUCACACUGGAGAGAAGCUGUACAGCUGUGAGCAAUGUAGGAAAACUUUCAGUCUAGACAGUCAUCUAAAAAGCCACCAACGCAUUCACACUGGAGAGAAGCCGUACAGCUGUGAGCAAUGUGGGAAAACUUUCAGUCAAGACAGUAGUCUAAAAAAACACCAACGCAUUCACACUGGAGAUAAGCCGUACAGCUGUGAGCAAUGUGGGAAAACUUUCAGUGAAGGCAGUAGUCUAAAAAUCCACCAACGCAUUCACACUGGAGAGAAGCCGUACAGCUGUGAGCAAUGUAGGAAAACUUUCAGUCUAGACAGUCAUCUAAAAAGCCACCAACGCAUUCACACUGGAGAGAAGCCGUACAGCUGUGAGCAAUGUGGGAAAACUUUCAGUCAAGACAGUAGUCUAAAAAGGCACCAACGCAUUCACACUGGAGAUAAGCCGUACAGCUGUGAGCAAUGUGGGAAAACUUUCAGUGAAGGCAGUAAUCUAAAAAUCCACCAACGCAUUCACACUGGAGAGAAGCCCUACAGCUGUGAGCAAUGUGGGAAAAAUUUCACUCGAGACAGUGAUCUAAAAAGCCACCAACGCAUUCACACUGGAGAGAAGCCGUACAGCUGUGAGCAAUGUGGGAAAACUUUCACUCGAGACAGUUCUCUAAAAAGCCACCAACGCAUUCACACUGGAGAGAACCCGUACAGCUGUGAGCAAUGUGGGAAAACUUUCAGUCAAGGCAGUAAUCUAAUAAUCCACCAACGUAUUCACACUGGAGAGAAGCCGUACAGCUGUGAGCAAUGUGGGAAAACUUUCACUCACAAUAGUCAUCUAAAAAGCCACCAACGCAUUCACACUGGAGAGAAGCCGUACAGCUGUGAGCAAUGUGGGAAAACUUUCACUCACAAUAGUCAUCUAAAAAGCCACCAACGCAUUCACACUGCAGAGAAGCCGUACCGCUGUGAGCAAUGUGGGAAAACUUUCAGUGAAGGCAGUAGUCUAAAAAGCCACCAACGCAUUCACACUGGAGUGAAGCCAUAUUGGUGUUUGCAAUGUGGGAAAACUUUCAGUCAAGGCAGUAAUCUAAUAAUCCACCAACGUAUUCACACUGGAGAGAAGCCGUACAGCUGUGAGCAAUGUGGGAAAACUUUCACUCAAAACAGUCAUCUAAAAAGCCACCAACACAUUCACACUAGAGAGAAGCCGUACAGCUGUGAGCAAUGUGGGAAAACUUUCACUCACAAUAGUCAUCUAAAAAGCCACCAACGCAUUCACACUGGAGAGAAGCCAUAUUGGUGUGAGCAAUGUGGGAAAACUUUCACUCAAGACAGUAGUCUAAAAAUACAUCAACGCAUUCACACUGGAGAGAAGCCUUACAGCUGUGAGCAAUGUGGGAAAACUUUCACUCACGACAGUAGUCUAAAAAUACAUCAACGCAUUCACACUGGAGAUAAGCCUUACAGCUGUGAGCAAUGUGGGAAAGCUUUUACUCAAGCCAAUAGUCUAAAAAUCCACCAACACAUUCACACUGGAGAGAAGCCGUACAGCUGUGAGCAAUGUGGGAAAAGGUUUCGUCGAGAUGAUUGUCUAAAAAUCCACCAACGCAUUCACACUGGAGAUAAUCCGUACAGCUGUGAGCAAUGUGGGAAAACUUUCAGCAGUAGUCUAAAAAGGCACCAACGUAUUCACACUGGAGAGAAGCCGUACAGAUGUGAACUUUUAGACAAGACAGUAGUUUAA